AUGACAAUGACACCGGAACAAACACAAUUAUAUCGUUCAAAAUUAGAACAAGUAAUAAUUAAUACUUCAGAAACUAUAAAAACUUGGAAAAAUUAUGAACGAGAUUAUAAAUCCUUAAAAGAUACUUUGAGUGAAUUAGAUCAUGAAACCGAACAUAAAGUUAUGGUACCAAUUGGUAAAUUAGCAUUCAUGCCAGGAAAAUUAAUCCAUACUAAUGAAAUUUUGGCGAUGCUUGGUGAUAAUUGGUUUGUAGAACGAUCAACAAAACAAUCCAUUGGAAUAGUAGAAAGAAGAAUGGAUAUGGUGAGCAAAACUAUCAAUGAUUUGGAAUUACAACUUGAAAAUCAACGAACAAAAAUUGGAUUGUCUUCAAAUAUUUUGGAUCUUUCAGGUUUACAGGAAUCAAAGUUUAACGAAGAAGGAUUACCUUUUGUGGAUAUUAUGGAAGAAUAUAAUUCUGAUGAUGAAAAGAAAGAUAAACAACAAGUUAAAGAGAAAAAAGCUGUUAAAGAUCUCGGCAAAGAUACUCCUAAAAGUAGUGAAGAUCGAUUUGGAUAUUUGGAUGAGUUAAUUAAAGAGGAAGAGGAGGAAUUAAGACGAGAAAAUUUUUUGGGAUCAGAUGAAGAUGAUUAUGAAGAAGAAUUAGAGGAGGAGGAGGAGGAAGAAGAUGAAGAAUAUUGGGAUGAUGAAGUUGAGGAAGAUGACGAAAUAUAUUCUGAAGAAGAAUAUGAAGAGGAGGAGGUGACAGUGGAGGAGAGAGUAAAAGAAAAAUCAACAGUUAAACAUAAUAAAAAAGUUACAUUCGCUAAUCAAUCUUCAAAAGCACAAGAAAUUCGAUCACCAGCUGAUAUUUACGCGCAUAUGCUAAAGAAAGCAAAACAAAAUGAGCAAUCAACAGACGUGGAAAAAAUUACGCCGGAAGACAUAGAUUUCAUUUCACCUUUAAAUAAACCUGAAGAAAGAAAAAAGCCUACAUCAUUGUUCAAAUCAGGAAGGCGAUCUAAUUUAUUAUAUACUCCACAAGAAACACGUAAACCUACACCUUCAACUGUUUCCAUUGGAAGUGUAAAAGAGAAUAUUAUUACAAAAAAUUCUCAACGCAUUACAAAUUCACCAGUCAAAUCAACUGUUGUGGAAAAAGAGGUUCGUUCUGAAGACGUUGAUGUGGAAGCAUUAGAAGAUGAGAUUUGGAUGAAAGAGAUAAGUUCGGAAUAUCAUCAAAAACGGUUACAGUUUAUAGCUCAAGAAGGUGGAUUAACUUCCAUACUUGAACCAAAACAAUUUAAAGAUACCGUGGAAGAUUCUGAAGAUCUUAUUGCUGAAGAUAGUAAAUCAACUUCGCAACCAAUAAUAGAAGAGAAACCUAAAAAAAUUUCCAAAUUUAAAGCUGCCAGGUUACAAGGAAAAUUUGAAUAA